UGCUACAGGCCUUGGAUUACUGGGCAGCGGUACCUUCCAGAACCCCCUUGGUGCCUUCACAUCCUGCUUGGCUGCCCUGGUCCAGAUGGUUCAUUUAACCACGGUCAAAUUAAAAUCUCAGUUGCUGGGAAAACGCAGGAACCGUCCUCUCUCAACCGCAGGAGCUGAAGCGAGCGAGCACCCUCAGGCCCCAGAGAUCCCGCCUCCUUCCACGGAGCGAGCCUAUCAGCGUCCCUCUAGCGAUGAGCGGCAGCUCCCUGGGAGCCAAUGAACUCCGCUCGUUGGCAGAAACCCGCCCAUCCCUCGAGUCGUCAGUUGGUCUCCCGUAGAUAGAUCCAGCACCUGCGCUUCCUCGUAGCCAGCUUGUUGGAGGGUGUUUGCGUUAAAGUUGCCUGAGACCGGACCUUAAAGGGGAGGGAGCAGGACGCGGGGCCGGAGCCCUUUAAAUCGAGGCGCGUGGUGCCUGCCCCUUUAAGGCGUCCGGACGGCUGAAUCUGAGCUCCCGAUUACCCCGAGUUUCCGUCGCAGGCAGCGAGGAAAGGCUCCGCGGCUGGGUCCGGGUCCUUGGCGGCGGCGGCUUCCUCCGCGCUCGUCCUCCCCGGGCCCGGAGACACCCCCGCCCCAGUCAUGCUGAGCAGAGUAUGGAAGCAGCUGACUACGAAGUGCUAUCCGUGCGGGAGCAGCUCUUCCACGAGAGGGUUCGCGAGUGCAUCAUCUCAACACUUCUGUUUGCGACACUCUACAUCCUCUGCCACAUUGCCCUGACGCACUUCAAGAAGCCUGCUGAGUUCACCACAGGGCCUCCUUUGCAGCUCUGCCUCUGUGGCCUAGGCCCUUCUUUCACGGGGCAAGGAAGGGGAAGUAGGGCACACUGCAGCACAGAUGGCUCCCAGAGCUGCCCACUGAUCUCUUGCCUCUUCCCGUGCCUCUCUCUCGUAGUGGAUGAUGAAGAUGCUACAGUCAACAAGAUUGCGCUUGAGCUCUGUACCUUUACCCUGGCUGUCGCCCUGGGUGCUGUCCUGCUCCUGCCCUUCUCCAUUAUCAGCAACGAGGUGCUGCUCUCACUGCCCCGGAACUACUAUAUCCAGUGGCUCAAUGGCUCUCUCAUCCAUGGCCUCUGGAACCUUGUGUUUCUCUUCUCCAACCUGUCCCUCAUCUUCCUCAUGCCCUUUGCAUACUUCUUCACUGAGUCAGAGGGCUUUGCUGGCUCCAGAAAGGGUGUCCUGGGCCGGGUCUACGAGACGGUGGUGAUGUUGAUGCUGCUCACCCUGCUGGUGCUGGGCAUGGUAUGGGUGGCAUCAGCCAUUGUGGACAACAACAAGGCCAGCCGGGAGUCACUCUAUGACUUCUGGGAGUACUACCUCCCCUACCUCUACUCCUGUAUCUCCUUUCUUGGGGUCCUGCUGCUCCUGGUGUGUACUCCACUAGGUCUGGCCCGCAUGUUCUCAGUCACCGGGAAGCUACUGGUCAAGCCUCGGUUGCUAGAAGACCUGGAGGAGCAGCUGUAUUGCUCAGCCUUUGAGGAGGCAGCUUUAACCCGCAGGAUUUGCAAUCCCACCUCUUGCUGGCUGCAUUUGGAUAUGGAGCUGCUGCACAGACAGGUCCUGGCUCUGCAGACACAGAGAGUCCUGCUGGAGAAACGACGGAAGGCUUCAGCCUGGCAGCGGAACCUGGGCUACCCCCUGGCCAUGUUGUGCUUGCUGGUACUGACGGGCCUCUCUGUGCUCAUUGUGGCCAUCCACAUCCUGGAGCUGCUCAUCGAUGAGGCUGCCAUGCCGCGGGGCAUGCAGGAUGCCUCCCUAGGUCAAGUCUCCUUCUCCAAGCUGGGUUCCUUUGGUGCCGUCAUUCAGGUUGUACUCAUCUUUUACCUGAUGAUAUCCUCAGUUGUGGGAUUCUACAGCUCUCCAUUCUUCCGGAGCUUGCGGCCCAGAUGGCAUGACACAGCCAUGACACAGAUAAUUGGGAACUGUGUCUGUCUCCUGGUCCUAAGCUCAGCACUUCCGGUCUUUUCUCGAACCCUGGGGCUCACUGACUUUGACCUGCUGGGUGACUUUGGACGCUUCAACUGGCUGGGCAAUUUCUACAUCGUGUUCCUCUACAACGCAGCCUUCGCGGGCCUCACCACUCUCUGUCUGGUGAAGACCUUUACCGCGGCUGUGCGGGCAGAGCUGAUCCGGGCCUUUGGGCUGGACAGAUUGCCAUUGCCUGUCUCCGGUUUUCCCCGGGCAUCUCGGAAGACCCAGCACCAGUGACUUCCAGCUGGGAGUGGGAGGGAGAAAACUGGACACUGCCAUCUGCUGCCCAGGCCUGGAGGGGCGCCCGGGGGUGGGUGGACCUCAGGACCUGGAAUCUGAGAGGGUGGUAGAGGGGAGCUGAGCUGUCUGCACUGUUGCAUAAUCUGAGCCAGAGUUUGGGACCAGGCUCCCCCGCUUUUCCAGAUUUAACUGUGGGCCUCAGUAUGGGGCAGGGCUGAGUGACUGGGUCUGGCUCCUGGUCCCAAAUCUAUUUACACAUCAAUCUGCCUCACUGCUGUUCAGGGCCAUGCCCGUAGCCAUGUUUACAUGAUUUGAUGUGCAAUAGGGUGGGGUGGGGACAGGGGAGAGACUGAGCUGGGAGCAGACUUGGGAGGCGGAUUGUCUCCCUUGCCUCUGGCCCAGCAGAACCUAAGCACUGUGCUAUCCUGGAGGGGCUUUGGACCAUCAGAGGGACAAGGGCAUAGGGAAGAAGUGACCACAACCAUGAGCAAUAAAGUUGAUCCCAGGGUUUGUUUUGGUUUUUUAAA